AUGGAGGAUGUCAAUGGCAUCAUCGGUGCUUUGUUGGACCAGGGGGUCAUCGGGACGCAACAGUUACGACAAGCUCGCGAGAAGGAGCUCAACGCCGAGCAGCGACAGAAGACAUGGGAGGAGUUUGUUGUCAAGGGUUUCGCCGAUGGGGAUGUAAAGGAGGUAAUGACAACGAGUGACUAUGCGAGGCACGCCACAACGAGGUUGUGUGACUAUGCAAGGUACAAAAUUGGACGACCUAUGCCGCGGGAGGCCGCCAGGAGGAUAGUGGACCGUGAGCUAGGAGGCUUGGGAUUGCAAAGAUUCUUGGAGGCCAGGGGCUUGCAGGACGUGCUGAAAAAGCUUGAGGACGCCGAGCUUGAGGACGCCGAGCUCGAGGCAGGGCCGCCUCAGCCUUCCGAACGUAAUGCCAGCCGCUCAAUUGUCGGAUUCCGCCAAACCUUCAAGUCGAGUGAAGAGGAAGUCUGGGAGGACUUCGCCGAUUUGCUUUUGAGUACCAAAAACCAGAAAGAGGCUUCGCGCCGACAAGAGAUCACGGCUGCCUUCCAGCCCGCUGUGAUGAUGCGCGAGCAGAACAUGCUGGAUGACUGGACCGAUUUCAAUGUCAUCAAAGUGAAUAGGCUAACGAAAGCUGCUGUGGAGCUCAAGGCUUUGGUUCGCCAUCAGAUGCACAUGAUGCGUGAGGCCAGCAGGGUUCAAAAUUCGAGCCUCGCAAAUGCCAUGCUGAUCGGCGUGGAUGUCCUUCGCUUCUUAAUGGGAGCAGACGAGGUAGAUGGCGAGGAAAUAGGUCCUUUGAGGUUGAUCCAUGAAUUUGAUGCGCGGAUGGCUCAGAUAGAGAAUGAGGAGGAUGCCAGCGGCUUGCAGGGCCCGGAAGAAUUCUUGCUUCAGCGUGCAAAGUUGGAGACAAGACUCCUAGGUGAGCCUGGCACACAGGAAACACAAGAUGCUCAAAGCGAGUUUGCACUUGCCCAGCGCCAGUUGGAAGAACAUCUCAGUGCAGCCAGGAUGACCCAGACUGAAAUCUUCAAGCUCUAUUGGUUCUGUCCCGUUAUUCAGUCCUUCAGGAAGCCUCCGUCCAAGGAUGCUGCAGUGGACAAGGGCGCCUGCUGUGGGAGUGUUCGGGCUCAUCAUGUCUUGGGGGCAAUCUUUGGUCUUGGCGGGCGUCUUCGGGCUCAUCAUGUCUUGGGGGCAAUCUUCGGUCUUGGCGGCUUUGCUCUGAUGAUCUCAUUUGUUCCGCAUGGUGACUCCUGGGCUCUAGCGUACUACCUGCUGGACAAGCCAGCGCUGCGAGCUUCCCGCUGCAUGCAGACAUUUUUUACCGACUCCCAAAAUCCAUGGUGCAUCGCUGGCAAGGAAAUAACGCUGACCCGGAUGACCUUGCCCCCUGUCCACCAUGGAAUUCCCGACGCUCCUCUUCUGUGGGUAUGCCUCGUAGUGAAGGCACUCAUCUUCUGCAUCAUGGGUUCCCUCUUCGGAGUCACCAUUAUGAAAACUUUGCAGGGGUUGCGGAUGGCACAGCAUCCGAUGAAGAUCCUGGAUCUGAUCCUCAAGCGCUGGAUCCAUCAGCAGCGGCUUUCAAGUUGGCACUUGGAGGCUUGGAAGAUGGCCAGAGCUUCCCUCCUUCACAACGACGUCCGCUUCAUCCUGGACAGAUUUGAGCAAGUUGUCAUGUCAUUGUUGUUUGUCUGCGUGCUCCUCAUCUCCGAUGCUGUGGUCCAGUAUGUUGUCUUCAACAAGCCCCCCAACGCCGGGGGAGUUUACUUGACGCUCGUCUUUGCUAUCUCAACGUGGCCCUGCAUCAAUGCAGCGGUCGGAUGCCACUAUGCGCAACAAAGCCAUCUGCAGUCCUUGCUGGAGAUGAAGGAGGCUUCUUUGCUGCGCACUGUUGGCCCGGAUGUCCAGUAUGUCCGGUCGUUCAUUGUUGUCAUGGUGAAGAGGCUCUCCUCUGGAGGUGAUUUCCAGACAACGAUGUUCUACAUGCCGCUGAACCCUGCGCUUCAGAAGUCUUUGCUGGCUUACUUUGUUGCUGCAGCCUUGACCGUCGUCGGCAAAGUCUUCUUCGGUGAAUGA